AUGCGACUUCAAACGUGUCUGCUGACAAUCAUCCAGGUGGUUGCCAUCAACGACAGCGCGCUUUGCAAAUUGGAGGGCAUUUGUGACGUGCCAGAGUGGGAUGCGGACUCUUCGGUCUUCCUCAUGCAGGCAGCAGCGAAGCCAAAACAGAGGAUACGAGGUUUGUCCAGCCGCCUGGAAGCGGAGCAAGAGGAGCAGGAAGGCGAGGAUGCGGAGGCCGCACAUGCGCGCAGCGAAGCGCUGCUAACUCAGGUCCACGACCUGGAAUCUGCCAUGGACGCUUCCACAGUACAGGCUGGCCACGGUGCUGCCCUGCAUGUUGCAAACGGCAGCCAGUCCCUUCGAGAGAAGUUCUUCGACAUGUUCUCCGACUUCUCUGUCGACGCCCACGGCAACGUGUAUUUCGACAAGCAAGUGCCGAGAGGAUCGGACGUGUGGAGUACAGAAGGAAACUGGAUCAAGGUCAGUGAGUGGCAUCCGACAGGUGUAACUUCCAACAUCGGCCCGUGGCACCUCGUGAGGUGGAACGAUGUCUCCUACAUCAGCAUUACCAUGACCAGCUUCCUCUGCGCGGUGGCCUACCCAGCGGUGUUAGUCGCCGCACUUUUGGGGCUUACAGUGCUGGUGAGCAUGUGCCUGACUGUAGAGGACAAGUACAAGAAGACCUGCGACAGUGAUGAGGCGCUCGUCGGCGAGUCAGAGCCGGAAUGUUCCAUCUCAACAGAUCCAGAUCAGGUGGACAUCCUGCAGCCAUUCAUCGACCGACUGCCAGUUCUACCCACCCACAAGCUCACUGCGUCUUCCAGGAGGAUCUACACCUGUUGGGCGGCUUUCUGUUGCGCAGUGCCAUCGAUUAUGGUCUUCGGCACGCCCGUGCUUAUGAUGUGCCUAGCGAGACCUUUUCCGCAGGAGGUUCUGGCAGCAUUGACGCUUCUGACCUCCGCAUUCGUGUACUCCAACACAUUGUAUAUGUUCAUCUUCGCCGGGCUUGGGCUGAAAAGGAUGGCGGCUCAGGCCAAGCUGGAUCCGGCCAGCAUCUGUGAAGUUAGCAGCGGGGACUGGCCGCCAACACCAAGCAGCAAGAAUGGCUGGCGAAGGCAUGACCUGGACCCCAAGACUGUGAAGCAUUGGAUCAUCCUGCCACAGUACAAGGAGGAUGUCGAGACAGUGGCGAUGUCAAUGCGCUCGGCAGCUGGCAGCUCCUUAGCGAAAACUUCGAUUAGCAUACUGCUGGCCAUGGAGCAAAGAGAGAAAGGUGCCGAAGAUAAAGUGAAGCAGCUGACGGAGCUCUUCAAGGACAAGUUUGAAGAUGUGCAGGCGUGCUACCACCCGGCGAACCUUCCCAACGACCCACCGGGCAAGGCGAGCAAUGUGAGCUACGCCUUUCGCUACCUGCUGAGGAAGGUGCAUUCGUAUGAGAACACGCUUCUGACAGUCGCAGACGCGGACUCUGAGUUUGGUCAAGGAUACUUUGAGACGUUGUCCUGGAACUUCGCGGAAUGCGAUCCCCUCGAUAGGUACACCAAGAUUUGGCAGUCGCCAGUGUUCCACAUGAAGAACUACCAUCGCCAGCCGGCGCCUGUUGUCGUGGGAACCAUGUUUACAUCCAUGCAGGAGUUGGCGGGCCUGUCAGACCCCAGCGCUGUACGCUUCCCUUACUCUACCUACUCGUUGCCCGUGGCGUUGGCGAGGAAGGUUGGUGGCUGGGAUGUACAGUGGAUCGCGGAGGAUUACCACAUGGGGAUCAAGUGCUUCCUUAUGACCUUGGGUAAAACCACAGUAGAGCCCAUCAUGACGCCAAUGAUGAACUACGUGCCAGAAGAGCAGGGCGAUUGGUGGGGCACCUGCAUGGCACGCUGGGUCCAGCUGAAGCGGCAUGCCUUGGGCUUCUCCGAUUUCUCGUAUUACUUCAUGAUGCUGCCGCUGGUGUUCAGCUACUCAUCGUCGAACGUCAGCCAGAACACGGAGGGACUUCAGGGCUUCUGGCGCAUGCUCAGCUAUGGCACCACUCUGCUCAUUCGGCUGGUCAACGUGCACGUACUCAUUGGAGUUUUGUCCACGUACGGAGCUAUGGAGGCCUUGCUGAAGCUGAUGAUCAAACUAUGUUUCAGGUUCGACCGCUGGCCCGACAUCCUCUUCCUGCAUGUGGGCGUCUUUCCGAAAUAUCUGAUGAUCGUCACGAUCGUCUUCACCAUUUUUGUGUCCAUUGUUUUCUUCGUGACGUACGAGAUGUUGCUGAAGAAGCGCGUGGAGGGUGACGCCAGGAAUGGUCCGUUACUGCACUGGGUGAAGACGCCGUGA